GCUGCUUCGACUGCUGCUUCUUCGGUGACCCGACGCCGCGAUGCCUCGCCGGAUGGAGAAGUUCUUGCAAAUUGCCCCGCACUCCUUGGCCAUCGUCCUGAGCCCCUGCGGCGGGGAAGAGGCUGCCUCGCGGCCGGCCAGGCACCGAGAGGAGCUCCAGGAGGACUGCGGCGAGGCGGAGGACGACGACGGGGAAGGUGAGGGCAAGCGGCGGCGGCUCCGGCAGCAGCAGCAGCACCAACAAGGGGAAGGAGCGCCGCCGCCUCCGCCGCCGGGCAGCGACUCUCUGGGUCGCCACCACAUCGGCUACGAGAUCUUCGCCGACUUCAAGCAGGAGAACAUGCAGCAUUUCUGGAACAAGAAGGUGACGGCGGCGGUGGCCGAGACUUUCUUCCUGGGCUGGAUCGACGAGCAGGUGCUGCUGAUCCAGGGCAAGGAGGAGCACCUGGAGGCGCUGCGCGAGGGCUGGAUGCGCAGGUCCCUCAAGCCCCCCGCGGGCUUCCGAAUAAAGUGCCUGGGUGAUGUAUCGCCCAUCAGUAUGUCUCCCAUCAGUCAAUCACAGUUUAUCCCACUUGGGGAAAUCCUUUGCUUGGCCAUUUCUGCAAUGAACUCAGCACGAAAACAAGUCACGCAAGAAGCGCUAAUGGAACACCUAACAACCUGUUUCCCAGGUGUUCCAACGCCAAGUCCAGAAAUCCUUCGUCAUACCUUAAACAUGCUGGUACGGGAGAGGAAAAUAUACCCAACGCCAGAUGGCUACUUCAUUGUGACCCCACAGACUUAUUUUAUAACACCAUCCCUUAUUAGAACUAACAGUAAAUGGUACCAUCUGGAUGAGAGGAUACCUGACAGGUCUCAGUGUACCUCUCCACAGCAAGGAACUAUAACGCCUUCCACCUCGGGCUGCGUCAGAGACCGAACAUUACCCAAAAACCACUGCGACUCCUGCCAUUGUUGUAGAGAAGACAUGCACAGCAUGCAUGCCUCCACUCUACAGAGGAAAUCGGCAAAAGACUGCAAGGACUCCUACUGCCCCCCUUCCAUGUGCCAGGUGCCACCCACUGAAAAAAGUAAAAGUACUGUAAAUUUUUCGUAUAAAACAGAGACACUUACAAAGCCUAAGGAUGGAGAAAAGCAGUCUAAGAAAUUUGGGCUAAAAUUGUUUCGACUAAGCUUCAAAAAGGACAAGACAAAACAGCUGGCCAACUUUUCUGCCCAGUUUCCUCCAGAAGAAUGGCCUUUGAGGGAUGAAGAUACCCCUACCACUAUACCUAGGGAGGUAGAGAUGGAGAUUAUUAGGCGUAUUAACCCAGAUCUAACUGUGGAAAAUGUCAUGAGGCACACUGCACUAAUGAAGAAACUUGAAGAAGAAAAAGCUCAACGAAGCAAAGCUGGAUCUUCAGCUCACCAUAGUGGGAGAAGCAAAAAGAGUAGAAGUCAUAGGAAGUCUCAUGGGAAAUCUCGGUCACAUAGCAAAACUCGGGUCUCUAAAGGAGAUCCUUCAGAGGGUUCCCAUUUGGACGUUCCGGGUGAAAGAGAGUAUGAUUUCUAUGAUCCCCUCACAAGGUCCCCACGGGAAGGCUGUUUCAUAAUAGAACACAAGAGGGACAAUUUUAUUAUGCACAGCAGCCCUAACGUUCUUGAAUCUCACUUUCCUAUGACACCUGAAUGGGAUGUAUCUGGUGAACUAGCCAAAAGGAGAACUGAAAUGCCUUUUCCUGAACCUUCAAGGGGAAGCUCCCAUUCUAAGGUCCACCGAAGCCACAGCCAUACGCAGGACCGAAGAUCAAGGAAUGAGAGGUCUAAUAAAGCCAAGGAGCGGUCUCGAUCGAUGGAUAACUCCAAAGGACCUCUGGGUGCUCCUUCUUUAGGUACACCUGAAGACAUAGCUGAAGCUUGCAGUCAAGAUGACCAAACAACCAGCCAAACGUACAUUGACGAUAGCACCUUAAGGCCUUCUCAAUCACUCAGUCAUCAAAGGGCUCUUAUGUCAUCUGUAAACUACAAAGAAGUAGUUAAACCUGAAAAGACUGGUGGCAAUGCAGAAACUCCCAUUUCCUGUAGCCUCUUGGAACAAAGCAAGCCAGCCGAGAAUUUGCCCCCGUACAAUGAGCUCAACUCCUGUACAAUGAAAUCAGCAAUUGAUGAUUAUUUUCAGUGUAACACUUCUAGUGAAACUGUACUUACUGCUCCUUCACCUUUGGGGAAAAAUAAAGAAGACCACGACACAGUGAUUUUGACAGAAAGCGUUAAAAAAGUGUCUCCCUCGGAAAGGCAGUCUCAGCACAUAGCCAGAGAGCCUGGGGUGCACAAAGAGGAGUCGCCUAAAGGGCCAAACAGCAGUGGUGGACCAGUUGCAACUAGCCAAACCCCUGAAGUGAUUGCAAAUGGCCGACUGGUUCAACACCACAACACGGAAUCUAGUAGCCUUGAUAAGAGGAAAGAAAUAUUUAGUAAAGACACACUUUUUAAGCCUCUCCACAGUACUCUGUCUGUGAACAGUUUUCACAAGCCUAGUGUGCCACUACUAAAACCUCAUCAAAAGACACCUUCUGAUGCAUUGCCAGGCAGAUGCGACAAACUCGAGCAAGCUAUGGUAACCUCAGUAACACAAGUCAUACCUGUUUCACAGAGACAGCAAGAAACAGCCGGGAACCAAGAGGCAUCCUUUGACUAUUACAACGUAUCGGAUGAUGACGAUUCUGACGAAGGGACCAAUAAGAACACUGAAGAAGAAAAGAACCGGGAUGAUGUGGGCACUAUGCAGUGGCUUCUUGAGCGGGAAAAAGAAAGAGACCUGCAAAGAAAGUUUGAGAAGAAUCUGACUCUCCUUGCUCCAAAGGAAACGGAAAACAGCAACAACCAGAGAGCCACACACUCAGCAAGACUGGACAGCAUGGACAGCAGCAGCAUCACCGUCGAUAGUGGGUUCAAUUCGCCACGUACUCGUGAGAGCUUAGCUUCCAACACGUCAAGCAUUGUUGAAAGCAACAGGCGCCAGAACCCAGCUCUCAGUCCUGCACAUGGUGGUGCAGGUCCAGUGUUCAGCUUCCGUGCAACUGCUGACCCGCCAACAAGCGAAACUGAAAAACUGCAGAAACCUGCUAAUUGCCUGCAAGCUUCUGUUACAAGUGUUUGAUAGUGCUUCUGCCUCAGAUCUUCUGUCUCAUCCUAUAAAGCAAAGUUUACGACACUGGGACUGAUGUUUACGUCUUUUGGAGGGGGGAGGAAAAACCAGGCAUCUCAACCGCACAGUUUUUGUGUCUACCUAAACUGUGUUGCUACAUAGGCUAGGGACAACAAAGAAAUCUUUAUUUCAAGGUAUUGCUUUUCACAUUUUGCGGCUCUGUAGCAAGAGAAUAGCAGUAGGGAUAAUAUGUACACUUUUGCUUCACUUAAUCGUAACUGAGCACAUAUAUGAAAGUCUAGACACUGUAAGUGUAACCUGCAUUUUCAAUGUCAUGCAGUUGCCAACUUCAUUUUAAAAUGCCACAGAUAUGUGAUGCCCCCUACCACUGGUUAAACUAUUUGCCACAGAGAUGGUUCUUUUCCUUUAUAAACUGAGCCUUCGUUGAAAGUAAACAGCUAAGGGUCACCUUGAGGGAAAACAAUGCGAAAUGAUUCUAGGAAAGACCUCAGCUCUACCUGUGAAUUAUUUAUACAUCUGUCAUUUUCACUGUGAGUCUUCAUGACAUGAUCUUGCAAGAAUCCAUAGCAAAAGUAAGUCAAAAGAGGUCGUGUUUUUGGGAAGAGGUGGGAAAUAAUGGAGAUGUUAUCUAUUUUUACUUUGAUUUUUUUAAAGUAUGAGAUGUUUACCUAAAACUUAUUUCUUAAUUUCCCCUAGUUGAAAGCAGGGAUAUAAGACUUUGAAUUGAAAGUGAGGAAGGAGAAACCUAACUUUGAUUGAGGCACAUCACUAAGUGAUAGAAGAGG